AUGAAUGUCGAUAAGGAUGAAAUCGCCUCCGCGCAGGUUGAGCAUGUCGAUCCGCGGAAAUCAGAGAAAGGCGCCGUCAACUUUCUCCUGGUCUUUUCUUGUAUAGUAUUUGGCGCGGCGUCGUUCAUUUUUGGUUAUGAUGAUAAACUCAUCUCGCCCCUUGCGGCAUUAACUCCGUUUGUUGCGAAAUUCCAGGGACCCAACCCAGCAACCGGUAAAUACGCUUUCACGGCCCAGAAUCAAGAUCUCGUGUUCUCGGUACCCUUAGUUGGCGCUGUAUUCGGUGGAUUGGUGGCCUCGCCAUUGAACUUCCACUUUGGUCGCAAGUGGCCUGUGGUGGCGGCUUAUAUAAUUUCAAUUGGUGGAGGACUACUACAAGUCUUCGCACCUAAUUUGGGAGCUUUUGUGGCCGGUCGUUCUGUGAAUGGGUUUGCCAUGGGCAUAGCUCUGGCGACUGCUCCCCUUUAUGUUUCAGAGGUGGUUCCAGUCUCUAUCAGAGGUAGAUGCGUCAGUUCGAUCAACAUUCUAAACCUUAUAGCCGGUGUCGUAGGCACUGUCGUGGUAUGGGGUACAAACAAACUGGGCGGAAAAUUGGCCUACCAAAUUCCUCUUGCUGUGCAAAGUGCCGUGCCAGUCAUUCUAUUGGUCUUGACAAUUCCUCUACCAGAGAGUCCGGAAUGGCUUAUCUCCAAAGGAAAUGUGGAACAAGCUCGACAUAAUUUACGCAAACUCCGCGGCUUCAGUGAUGAAAAAGUCGAUGACGAAAUUCAGCUCAUAGAACUUUGUGAAAGAUUCAAUCGCGAACUUCAAUCCGAGGUCAGAUUUUGGCAUAUCUUCAAAAGAGAGCAUCUCAAACGGACUCUUGUCGCAGGCUCCUUCUUUUCCCUCAACCAAAUAUCGGGUGUUAUUCUCUCGACUACUUAUACAACCGUGUUCCUCACCGAACUGGGUGUUGCAGAUGCAUUCACCUUGACUAUCAUUGCUUCAUGUUGCACUUUAGCCGGUACAAUUGCUGCACCAUUGGUGAUUGACCGCGUGGGCAGACGCCCAACCGCCUUCACUGGAAUGAGUAUCUUGUUCGUGAUCGAUGUGGUCGCCGGUGCCCUCGCUUUUCAGAAAGGAAAUAAGCAGGCGACUCUCGCAAUCGCAGUGCUUUCCUUUAUAUUUAAUUUCUUCUGGGCAUCUUCGUUCUUCUCACUCUCGAACCUGAUGCCCUCUGAAAUCGCCACUCCAAAGCUACGCCACUAUACCAUGUCUUAUACCAUCGCUUGCCAGGAAAUAACCGCAGUCAUCACCACCCUCGUUGUCCCGCACUUGACAUCGGCGGACGCGGCAAAUCUCGGCGCGAAGACAUACCUCAUUUUUGCCGGAUGUAUGGCCGCCAUCCUUGUUUUCAUGUACUUCUUCAUGCCGGAAACACGUGGUCGCACUUUUGCUGAGAUUGAUGAGAUGUACGCUGCAAAUGUGCCUGCGUGGAAGUGGCGGUCUUAUAAGACUUCUAUCGAAGCGAGGACCGGUGAGAGGGCCCCAGACUCAUUAGAGAAGAUACGAACAUAA